CGCUCACCCACAACUUCCGAUUUCUGACUCCCAGCAAGCACGCAGAACUCCCUUCCAACCCUUUACCCAAAUCUAAACCCUCGGGCCAUUGCCCAGUCGCCAAGACGUUCUCCAAUCUCCUCAACUCGGUCCACCACCCAUUCGCAGGCCGACGCUCUUCUCCUUCUGGAGGUGCAUCGGACUUAAAACACGGCAGAUAAAUUCUAUCUUCCAAGCAAUCAACAAUACUGCUAUUCAACAUGGCUCCCCAUGCGGAAGAUAGCACUGGCUUUGCGAAUGGGGGUGGUGUGGGACCUUCUGUGCCUAAGGACCUCUUCGUUGUGAACUCCCCCAAUGUCGAGUACACGGACACUGAGAUCAGGAGCAAAUACACGUACCGCACCACCGCAGUCACCAAGGGGAGCGAUGGCAAAUAUGUUGCCACUCCCAAGGAGACUAAAUAUGACUUCAAGGUGGAUCGCAAGGUCCCAAAGGUAGGUGUCUUGCUUGUCGGUCUAGGUGGUAACAAUGGAACCACCGUGACCGCAGGCAUCCUCGCCAACCGCCGUGGCCUCACUUGGGCUACUCGUGAGGGCAAGCAAACUGCGAACUACUAUGGCUCUGUCGUCAUGGGAUCGACCAUCAAGCUCGGAACCGACGAGAAGACUGGACAGGAAAUCAACAUCCCCUUCCACGAUCUCCUGCCUAUGGUCCACCCGAAUGAUAUUGUCAUUGGUGGAUGGGAUAUCAGUGGCCUGAACCUGGCCGAGGCUAUGGAUCGUGCUGCUGUCUUGGAGCCAACUUUGAAGCAACUCGUUCACAAGGAAAUGGCCGCCAUCAAGCCCCUUCCCAGCAUCUACUACCCUGACUUCAUUGCUGCCAACCAGGAGGACCGUGCCGACAACUUGAUCCCCGGCAGCAAGGCUUGCAACGAGCAUGUUGAGCACAUCCGCAAAGACAUUCGUGACUUCAAGGCCGCAAACAACCUCGACAAGGUCAUCGUUCAGUGGACUGCCAACACUGAACGUUUUGCCGAUCUCAUCGAAGGCGUCAACGACACUGCUGAGAACCUUCUCAAGGCCAUAGAAACUGGCCAUGAAGAAGUCUCCCCAUCAACUGUCUUCGCGGUUGCGUCCAUCCUUGAGGGAGCUCCCUUCAUCAACGGUUCUCCCCAGAACACGUUUGUGCCUGGUGCCAUUGCUCUCGCUGAAAAGCACAAUGCUUACAUCGGAGGCGAUGACUUCAAGUCUGGCCAGACCAAGAUGAAGUCCGCGCUUGUGGAUUUCUUGAUCAGCGCCGGUAUCAAGCUCACCUCCAUUGCCAGCUACAACCAUCUUGGCAACAAUGACGGCAAGAACUUGAGCUCUCAGAGGCAAUUCCGCUCCAAGGAAAUCUCCAAGUCCAAUGUUGUGGAUGACAUGGUCGCAGCCAACUCUGUCCUGUACAAGGAGGGAGAGCACCCUGACCACACCGUCGUCAUUAAGUACAUGCCUGCUGUGGGAGACAACAAGCGCGCUUUGGACGAGUACUAUGCAGAGAUUUUCAUGGGUGGCCACCAGACCAUCAGCAUCUUCAACGUCUGCGAGGACUCUCUUCUGGCGUCUCCUCUGAUCAUUGAUCUGGUCGUCAUUGCCGAGAUGAUGACUCGCAUCCAGUGGAAGGCUCAGGGUGAGGAUGGUAAGUACGGCAACUUCCACAGCGUCCUCAGCAUUCUCAGCUAUAUGUUGAAAGCACCUCUUACUCCCCCUGGCACUCCUGUCAUCAACGCUCUUGCUAAGCAGCGCGCGGCCCUUACCAACAUCUUCCGCGCUUGUGUCGGUCUCGAGCCCGAGAACGACAUGACUCUCGAGCACAAGGGCUUGUAGAUGGCGAUGAUCGACUG